AUGCGUUCGAAUCCAUCUCUUGGUCUACCCGAGCAAAUUCACAUUUCAUAUGGACUCGAUCCAUCUAUAAUGGUGGUAACAUGGAUAACAUUGACUGAAGUGAACGAUUCUGUUGUAGAAUAUGGAAUUGACACAUUUGAUAAACGUGUUAAUGGAUCAGUAAGCAUUUUUGAUGACGGUGGUAGUGAAAAACGGAGAGAAUAUGUUCAUAGAGUAGUUAUACGUAAUUUAAUACCUGGACAGAAGUACUACUACCAUUGUGGAAGUGAUUUAGAUGGAUGGAGUUCAGUCUAUUGGUUCACAGCAAUGAAAAAUGAUUCGAAUUUUACAGUUAGAAUGGCGGUAUAUGGUGAUAUGGGAAAAGAAAAUGCACAUUCACUUCCAAGAUUGCAGCAAGAAACUCAAGCGGGCCAUUUCGAUUUAAUUUUACAUGUGGGUGAUAUGGCGUACGAUAUGAAUUCCGAUAAUGCACGUUACGGUGAUCAGUUUAUGAACCAAAUACAAUCAAUUGCUACCUAUAUCCCUUAUAUGACAUGUCCUGGCAAUCAUGAAUACACAUACAAUUUUUCACAAUAUGUGGCAAAAUUCAGUAUGCCCGGAGAAAAUAAUAGCUACGGUGGUGAUUCUAAUCAUUUUUACAGCUUCAAUAUCGGUUCAAUGCAUGUGAUCAGCUUAUCGACUGAGUUUUAUUAUUUUUUAGAAUAUGGCUUUAAACAAAUAGAAACACAGUACCAUUGGCUAGAAGAAGAUUUGAAAAAAGUAAACCGUGAGCAAACCCCAUGGCUAGUAACAAUGGGGCAUAGGCCAAUGUAUUGUAGUAAUAAUGAUGGUGAUGAUUGUACUCAUUAUUCGAGCCGAGUUAGAAAAGGACUCCCGCUUAUUCAUGCAUAUGGUCUUGAAGAUCUAUUUUUUCAAUACGGUGUUGAUUUAGAAUUGUGGGCUCAUGAACAUAGUUACGAAAGGCUGUGGCCAGUGUAUGAUCACAAGAUUUACAAUGGUACAGAUGGUGCUUAUAUUGAUCCGGGCGCUCCGGUUCACAUCAUAACUGGUUCAGCCGGUUGUUCUGAACGUCAUGAUGCAUUUGGUCCUCCUCGAAACUGGACCGCGUAUCGAAACAGUGAUUAUGGUUAUACACGGCUGAAUGUUUACAAUACUUCACAUCUUUAUCUCGAACAAGUGUCUGAUGAUCAGACAUCUUCAGAAAUGACAAAAAAACGACGUAAUAAUGGUCGUAGCAAACAUGGACGCGGACGUGUUCGCCCCGUCAAUUGUACAAAUUGCCGUCGUUUAGUACCUAAAGAUAAAGCAAUAAAAAAAUUAAUUAUUCGAAAUAUUGUCGAACAAGCAGCUGUUAAAGAUAUUGGUGAAGCAAGUGUUUAUCAAAAAUAUAUAUUGCCAAAAUUAUAUUAUAAAUUGCAUUAUUGUGUAUCGUGUGCUAUUCACAGCAAAGUCGUCCGAAAUCGUUCAAAAGAAGCGCGAAAAAUACGUCAGCCGUUAUUACGUCCAACCGGUAUUAAACCAAAUAUGGGCGGUGGUGGUGGCGGAGGACAAAUGAUGGGCCAAGGAGGGCAACGAGGUGGAAAUCAAGCGGCACAACAACCGGCCACAAUUCCAGUUGCAAGAAGUUAG